GACCUCUGAACCGAGGACAUACCCUGUUGGCUUUUCCAGCCUCCCCUUGCGAGGGUGCACCAUUCACCCGUGGGGGAGGCAGUCGGGCGCGCUGCCAUGUCGUGGCGCAAGCGUGCGCCGUGGCACAAUGGCGGCAAAGGUUGGAACAAGAGUGGCAAGUCGAAUCAGAAGCCGUACGAUGUCUGUGCGGACUGCGGGCAUUGGGAGUACCAGUCGCAUGGCAACUUCUGCUGUUCGCUUUUCGGUGGCGAGCACUUGGGUGAUGCGCCGCGUGGUCAUGAUGCUGGCCGUGGCAAUGGUGUCCGUGACGCCGCAGCCGCAGGAGAGCGUGGAGAUGGUCCUGACGCUGAGCUUCGCGCUGCUGCUGCCCUUCUGCUUGCCGCUAAGCCCGAUCUACGUGAAGGUCUUGCUGAGUUCGUGGAGGAACCUCCCGUCGCGGUGGAGCCUGAAUGGUCUACGUCCAGGUUGCAGGAUGCAGCCAGUGCUGAGCGUACCCGCCUCACUCGUGUCGUCGAGGAUGCGGCCAAGGCGGUGCGCUUGGCCUCUCAAGAAGUACAUCAUCGUAAAACCAAGGUGCAGAAGCUCGAGGAGCAGCUGGCGGAAGCCAAGGCCAACCUGGCUACCGACACUGCGCCCCAUCAGAAGGCGCAGAAUGAGAAGACUGCCGCCGAUUUGGCCCUCCAGCAGUUCAACGAGGACGCCUGGAUCGAGCGGAAGCGACUUGACCAGCGCAAAGCUCGUGGAGCUGCUGCGGCCGCUGCUCGUGCUGGGGAUGCGCCUGGAGCCCCUGCUGGCGCUGGCGAGCGCGCUGAGGGAGCUGCUCGCGGUGCCGCCGGCCGAGGCGCACGCGACAAUGAUGUCCGCAUGGCUCCGGAGACGAUGCCGAACCUGGGCGAGAUGGGUGAGGAGCAGCUCCGCGCCUACGCUGCAGAACAAAACCUUCCCCUGGGGCUCCUCUUGCAGUUCCAGGGCAUGGCGAAGCGCCUCGCCCAGGGGGCUACGGUUGAUCUUGAUGCUGAUAGUGAUGCUGGCAGUGACGCUGGCGAUCUCCCUGGCCCCGAGGCUGAGGAGCUCAAAACACUGCGCAAGCGGGCCUGUGCCGAGGUCCUUGGCCCUGACGACAUGUUCAGGAUGGAGCACCUCAUGGUCCAGCGGUCCAAGGCUCGCACGUCGAAGCGCCUCAAGACCGCUGCUGACGCUGCCUCGGCUGACUUCGCCGACCUGGUCCGCGCCACCGUGGCGCAGAUGCCGGCGCAGCCUGGGCUUUAGCAACGUGAGUGGGUGCACCACAUUUCUGUUCUGUAAUGUUACGCAGUGGAGCUAUUUGACCAAGAGCUUCAUAUCUAAUUUGCAUGGCAAGGCUGACGCCUUCUUCUUUGCCGAGCACCGCCAGCUCCCCCAUCAAUUGAAAGCUGCCAAACGGGAAUGUGCCACGAUGAAGUGGCGCCCCCAUUUUGUCCCAGCGCAGUGCACUUCUGGAGGAGGUGCUCAUGGCGGGGCGGGGGCGUGUGUUCACAGAGGUUUAUGUUUUAAGAAGUUUCUUGCUCACGAUGGAUGUGUGCAGGAGGUGGGUGCUGGAAACGGG